AUGGACAAAGCAUUAUCCGAAGGUGGAAAGGUUCUACGAGCAGGUGAAACACUCUUUGGCGGGAUAUUUUCGAUCGGUGUUUCCACUGACAAUGUGGAAGUAGCUAAAACACUAGGUCAAGGACUGGGAAUAGGACUUGGAAUAGGACUAGGUCUGGGUGCUGUGUAUGUUGGUUAUAAUUCAUUAAAACCAAUAAUCGAGGGUGCAGUUAAAAAAGGUGUUGGUGGCGAACGCGAUGAUCAGGACGUUCGUGACAUUCGACCAGGAAGUUUGCAUUUUGAGUUACAUUGUUUCACUGACGAAAGGUUUCUGGAAGUCUUGGAGGAUUACGAAUCAGGAAGAAUGAAGGAACACUUGCAGGAUGAACUUUCGCUGGUUGGAAUUAAAGUGGAAGGACUGAAGGUGAAGAUUAAAAACAUGGAGGAGGUGAAUGAGACAAGGGACGCCAUAAAAACGAGGUCCCGGACCAAGAAUAUUUCUGUUAGCAACAUCAAAAGUCUUGUUAUUAGUGAUGUAGAGGAUGGUAAUAAAGAUAAGGAGGCUAAAUUACAAACAGAAAUGGUUAAACGUGAUUCACAACUCGCAUCUAAACAAAAAGCCCUUGAAAUUAGUCUAAAGCAAUACGGAGAAGAUCAUCCCGACACAGCUAACAGUUACCACAACAUUGGAUACGCACAAAAUGAGAUGAAAGAUUUCAAGUCAGCAUUAGUUUUACAUCAAAAAGCUCUUCACAUCAGAUUGAAACUAUAUGAAGAAGAUCAUCCCGACACAGCUAACAGUUACAGCAACAUUGGAUACGCACAAAAUGGAAUAAAAGAUUUCAAGUCAGCAUUAGUUUCACAUCAAAAAGCUCUUCACAUCAGAUUGAAACUAUAUGGAGAAGAUCAUCCCGACACAGCCAACAGUUACAGCAACAUUGGAUACGCACAAAAUGAGAUGAAAGAUUUCAAGUCAGGAUUAGUUUCGUAUCAAAACGCUCUUCACAUCAGAUUGAAACUAUAUGGAGAAGAUCAUCCCGACACAGCUAACAGUUACAGCAACAUUGGAUACGCACAAAAUGAGAUGAAAGAUUUCAAGUCAGGAUUAGUUUCGUAUCAAAAAGCACUUAAAAUCAGACUGAAACUAUAUGGAGAAGAUCAUCCCGACACAGCUAUCGGUUACAACAACAUUGGAUACAUACAACAUAAGAUAAAAGAUUUCAAGUCAGCAUUAGUUUCAUAUCAAAAAGCUUUAGAUAUCAGUUUAAAACUAUUUGGAGAAGAUCAUCCCGACAUAGCAAGUAGUUACUCCAACAUCGGCUUUGCACAUUAUGGGAUGAAAAAUUACAAGUCAGCGUUAGAAUCGAAACAAAAAGCUCUCGAAGUCAGAUUAAAAAUAUAUGGAGAAAAUCAUCCAGACACCGUAGAGACUUAUCCACAUGACCUGCAUCAAUAUGUCGUGCAAGCACAACUGAAACUGCAUGGUGAAUACCACGACGAUACUGCUUUUAGUUAUGUCAGCCUGGGAAUCACACAACGCGAGAUGAAAGAUUACAAGUCUGCUUUAGAAUCGCAUGAACAUGCUCUAAGAAUCAGUUUGAAUUUGCAUGGAGAAAAUCAUCCUGACACUGCCGGUAUUUACAGCAACAUUGGAGCCACACAAUGUGAAAUGGGAAACUACAAACUCGCAUUAGAGUCGCACAACAAAUCUCUUCAAAUCAGAUUGAAAUUGUUUGGAGAACAUCAUCCCGACACAGCUGAUAGUUAUACCCAAAUUGGGAUCGCACAACAGGAAAUGCAGGAUUACAAUUCAGCAUUAGAGUCCAAACAAAAAGCUCUACAAAUCCUAGUAAAACUCUUCGGAGAAGAUCAUCCUGAGAUGGCUGAAUAUUCUCUCGAUAUUUCUCGGGUAAAAGGUCUUUUGAAUAAUAAGGCGAACCCUGGACAGAUACAAAGGAAACCGCCAGUUUGGAGCGAUUAUUUGUAGAGAAGAGCAUCUGAACAUUUAAAAAAAUUUCAACUACAUUUUUUGUUUGUUAGGCCAUAUUAGAGUGUACAUUCAGAGCAUAUCUAAUAUCGAAUCUAAAUUCCAGUUUUU